ACAUCGUGGUCAUCCCAUUGAUUUAUCUUUUUUUUUGUCAUUUUGCGUUCCCAAUUUUAAAUUCUUAAAUUUUUGGCCAUAAUAUUAUAGGAGACUUAACAUCGACAUAGAAUCCAUGUUUCAUGAACAUCGAUAUUUAUCGAUCUUCCCUACAAUAUUAGUAAAUUUCUAUUUCUCUAAUACUUAUAUGGUUUUCAUUCCUUUAUAGUGUUUUGGAAUGCGCAAUGGGCAAUACAAGUCAAAAACAACAUUAUGAAACUGCUUCGAAGACGGGUGUUCUUCAAUUAUCUGAUUAUAGAUUAAAGGAAAUACCAGCCGAAGUGAUAAAUUUAUCUGAUGUACUAAGAAACCUUGAUCUGUCAAAGAAUAAAAUAGCAUUUCUGUCUGAGGAUAUUGUUAAAUUCAAGCAACUCAAACAAUUAAAUUUGGACACUAACAAAUUGGAAGUACUGCCAAAUUUACUGGGUAAUUUAAAGAAACUUGAAUUAUUUAAUAUUUCUAAUAAUUCAGUGUUGUUACUGCCCCAGUCAUUUGCUAAUUUAGUCAAUCUAAAACAAGUUUAUUUGAAUAACAAUAAUUUUAAGGAGUUCCCUACACAAUUAUUAGGCUUAAUCAACUUAGAGGUGGUUGAAUUAUCAAAUAAUAAAAUUACUAAAAUCCCUGAUGGAAUGUCACAAUUUUAUGCAAUGGAAUUAAAUUUAAGCCAAAAUGAAAUAUCAGUAAUUAGCGAGGAUAUGCAUCGAGCACCAAGACUGAAAAUAUUAAGAUUAGAAGAGAAUUGUUUGAGUUUAGAUGCAAUUCAGCCAAGUUUAUUAAGAGAUUCAAAAAUACAUACAAUAAAUUUGGAUGGAAAUUUAUUUGAGGCGAAACAGUUAGCAUCUGUUGAGGGAUACAAUGAAUACACAGAGAGAUACACUGCAAUGAAGAAGAAGAUGUUUUGAUGGAACACAA